AUGACGCCUACACCGCCAUCCACCACCUCAUCCAGUGUCUCAGCCCAUUCUCCGGAAUUUAGAGUUAUUCGCAAGCGAAAUCGGGUACCUCUAUCCUGCGCACCGUGCCGCAACAGGAAGCUGAAAUGUAACCGCUCACACCCAUGCGAGAACUGUGUCAAACGCGGCGACGCAGCAUCCUGUAACUAUGCCCAAGCGAGCACCCGCAAAAAGAACCAGCCCCAACAGGCAUCGCCUACCUCUCCAGAUGAUAUGCAGAAUCGCAUCGAUCGCUUGGAGGGCCUAGUUCUAUCCUUGAUGACCAAUGGAAACCAGUCAGCUGGUCCCGCAGCAGCCCUAGCUGCCAUCUCAGGAGAGAGUAGCGCAGGGUCCACGGGCCUCUCGAACGAGAUCGACGUGGAUGCCGUUGAUGAUGAUGCUGAGGGAAACCUCGAGGAAAGCGAUACAGAGCAGGUGACCAAAUCGUUUGGAGUUAUGAAGAUGGACAACAACAAGUCUUACUACAUCAGUGAAGCUCACUGGGCCUCUGUAUUGAAUGAUAUUGCCGAAGUACGAAAUUUCUUCUCAUCACACAAGAAGCAAAUCGAGGAGCAUGCCGAGAAAGUUAAAGCCGCGCGCCCGCGCACUGAUGUCCCGGGGUCGACUUUGCUUUUUGGCGUCAUGAAGCCCUUGAGUCGGGCAGAGAUUAUGGCCUCGGUGCCUUCAAAAUACACCACAGACAUCCUUGUCGCUCGUUACUUCAACAGCUAUGACCCCGCCACUCACAUUCUACACGCUCCAACCUUCCAAGCACAGUAUAACAAGCAUUGGGAAGAUCCCUCCCAAACGGAAGUGGUAUGGAUCGCGAUGCUCUUUGCCAUGAUGCGACUAGCAAUGCUCUCGUAUCACCGAGAAGGCGACGAGCCUCCUGAGUUUCGAGGCAAAGCUAUGGACAUGGCUGGAUCCUUCCGAAAUUCAGUUGCGCAGUGCUUGACCCUGGCCGACUACACAAAACCCCACCCGUUCCUUAUCGAAUGCCUCGUCUUCCAUUUACAUGGUGACUUCUCGCAAACGCGGGACGCAGACGUCUCAGUCUGGGUUCUGGCGGGUGUUAUUUGCCGCUUGGCGAUGCGCAUGGGAUAUCACCGUGACUCGAAGAUGUUCCCCAACAUCACUCCCUUCCAGGGCGAGAUGCGGCGACGAGUAUGGUCAUUUGUGCGACAAGCAGAUCUCUUGUUCUCAUUCCAGGUUGGCAUGCCGAGCAUGCUUCGCUCCGCUGAUAGUGAUACAGAGCUGCCGCGGAAUUUGUAUGAUGAUGACUUCGAUGAGGAUUGCAAAGAGCUGCCUCCGCCUCGCCAACUGAGCGAGCCGACCCCUAUCUCCUAUCUGAUCACCAAGUGUCGCUUGUCGUGCGCAUUUGGUCGGGUCAACGAACAAGCGUCUUCGGUUUCGUCUUCGUCGUAUGAUAAGGUCAUGGAGAUAGAUGCCGAUCUUCGUCGUGCCCGCGACUUGAUUCCAGAUCAUUUGCGUAUUCGACCAAUUGAGGAUUGUCAUUUGGAUCCUGUCAACCUCAUUAUGUCGCGCUUUUCCGUGAUGACCAUCUACCACAAAGCACAAUGUGUGCUCCACCGCCCAUUUAUCGUGCGCGCUCGAGAAAACCCACGUUUUACCUACUCCCGCCGAACAUGUAUCGACUCCGCUCUCGAGAUGCUCGAGUUUCAGGCGAUCCUACGCGCAGAAACGCGCGAGGGACGCCUUCGCGGUCGCUCGAACAUCGUCAGCGCUAUGAACUCUGCCGACUUCCUUCUUGCUGCUACCAUUGUGUGUCUGGACUUGUAUCAGGGCUACCAGCUGCAGGCCUCGGGACGCCCAUCCGGCGACACCUACACUUGGGGCCGCGAGCGGCGCGACGAGAUGAUGGCGGCGAUCCAGCGCUCGAGAGAGAUCUGGGACGAAUUGCGCGACGAAAGCAUAGACGCGUGGAAGGCAAGCAAUCUGCUUGGGGUCAUGCUCGCGAAGCUGCACAGCAUCCCGGGCCUUGAGAACGGCUCCGGGGCUGUGCCGGCUAUGUUUGAGCCACAGGAUGAGAAGCAGAACGCGGCGAUGACUCUUGGCCUGCUGAGCAGUGGCAUGAGCCCGAUGAACCCGGGCCCGCCGCCUUUCACGGACCCGAUGUUCAAGUUGGAUUCUCCGAUGCCUACCUCCGGGGUUGGGGCGCCCUCGGCUGAAAUGCCGGGGCCUCUCUCACCGUUUAGUAGCAUGUUCGGAACAAUGCCGGACAUGCAAGUUAACCUUGACUGGGAUGCCUGGGAUACAUACAUUCAAAACCCGACUUUCGAUACAUCAAAUCAAUUCUGGCCCAUGAUGGACCCCCAGCAACAACCAACGCCCCAGAGUGUCGGCAUGACCCAGCCUCCCUUGUCCAGUCCUCUAGGUACCACACGAGUACCGUCGAUGUUGAAUGGCGCAACGACGCAGCGCGUUCCGAAUAUUUAUUCUCCACCAUCGACGUCGCCUGAUAGCGGUACAACGUAUUGCUGGCGCCGAGCUUCAUCGCGGCUUCCCAGCCCCUCCUUGCCUUCGACCUGCAUAAUUGUUACACGAUCAAUAUCACGAUGCGCAGUUACUCCCUGCUCUAUCUCCCCGCUCCCUUCCCAAACCACAUAUCGUCCGGCUGUUCAGACCCGAUGGUACUCGAAUAAAGACCUUGCGCCGCCGCCGCCGCAGCAAAAGGAGCAGAAUACCCCAAUUUUGAAGGAAGAAAGCAUCCAACAAUCGAAUAAUGAGCCAUCGAAACGGAAAACACGCCAUAGGCUCCUGGAUGAGCAGACCGUCACCGCAGCAGCGGCUAAUGAAACCGUCUAUGUGGGCAACCUUUUCUACGACAUUACCGCCGAGGACCUGCGAGCGCAUAUGGAACAAUUCGGCACGGUCUUGCAUGCUAUAAUCACCCAUGAUAAUCGAGGUCUUAGCAAAGGAUUCGGCUACGUCCAAUUUAACACGGUCGAAGAAGCCUCCAACGCCGUCAAAAACCAGCACCUCAAAGUCCUUGAAGGCCGACAAGUUGUUGUGCAGUUUGCUCGAAGCCAGAUCGACUAUCGCAAGCGGAGCCACCCUCCAUCGGAUGUGCUCUUCAUCGGAGGCAUCCCAUUCGAGUUCACGGAUCGCGACCUACAAGAUCUCUUUAGCGAUGUCACCCUCACGACCGAUAUUCGAAUCCCUGUGGACCGGCGUUCGGGGAUGCCGCGGGGCUUCGCCCAUGCGGAAUUCAUCAAUACGGAAGCUGCUAUGCGAGCCAAGGAGAUUCUGUCUCGCAAGGCGCCUUACGGCCGAAAGUUGACCGUUGAGUUCACACACAAGAGACGGGUUGGAUUUAUGGAGCCUCAGCUAGAUCCUGUGCACCAGGGUCAACUCGAGCGGGAAAGAGACGUUCGGCGGUCGCGGAGGGAGAGGCGAGCACAGGAGGCGGGCAAGAUGGUGGAGGAUGUGGAGCGGGAAGCGGAAUUGAACGUGGAGUCGGACCAGCUGCAGCAGACUCAGCAGGGGAUUCACAAAACGGAGAAGCAGCCGUAG